AAAGUGAAAUCGCAUUAUUGGAAAUGGUGAAAUCGGUCAACAACUCAUUCCCUUGCUGUCUUGAAGAAGAAAUAUAACACAGUUGAUGUCGGAAAGGUGGUGGAUUGUCAUCGAUGUAGUUCGAAAACACGAUUAUUACGAUUGACGGCUUACGUAUUUAGGUUCGUAAGGAGGGUUAAUGGACUUAUCGUAUGUAAAACGUUGGAACUAUCAGCAGACGAACUGAUCGAAGCUGAACAGAUGUGGAUAAAGGAUAUUCAGAACAAUGUGUUUCCCGAAGUUAAGCAAUUAAUGGUACGAAAACUUCCAGCUCAAAGCUUGAUCAACUACGCUUAUUUCUGGACGUCAAACGAGUUCUACGUAAAUGUGUAACUUGUAAAAGAUUAGAAGGUAAGCCGUACCCUACGCCCAAGACCCCGCACCUACCAUCUUGGCGAACGAGUGAUUGUUAACACGAGAGUGGAUUUCGCUCGACCCCUCAACGUCAGAGAGGACUCAAAGUGCAGUCAACAAUCAACAAGAAAGUCAUACAUCGCUCUACUUACUUGUGCGUCAACACGGAGAAUUCAUUUAGAACUGCUUCCGAGUUUACCGGCGUGCAACAACAUCUCGCAAACAAUGGCGUACCUUGGAAAUUCAUUCUCGAAAAACCCCAUGGCAUGGGGGCUUUUGGUAACGUUCGAUAAAGAGUGUUAAAAGAUGCCUAAAAAGUCCAUUGAUCGAGCUACGUUAUCGUUUAAAGAUUUACGCCCAAUAUUGAUCGAGAUUGAGUUAACGUUAAAUAAGUCCAACUACGUACAUAUACGAUGAUGAAGAAGGCAUAUCGUACCUCAUUACGCCAUCUUGUCUACUUUAUGGACGGAGAACGACGAAUACACCAAACGACAUCCAGUUCGAGAUAGUGGGCACAAACCAGCCUAGACCUAGGCCUUCUAUUUUUAUUUAUAUUUUUUUAAUAUUCAGCGCUUUUUCACAUGAAAAGACUGGGACUAGGUAAUUUGGGGGCGUGGCCCAGGAAGGACACAAGCCUGACGCAAGCGAAAAAAUGGAAGGCUAUAGUGGAUUUCCCAACAACAACGCCAAAACUGCCCUGAAACUGCCCUGAUUGCGAAAGGCCCAAUUAUUGCGUUCUCAAACAGAAUUACUUGCAACUUAACAGCGAAUUUAAACCGAUACAGGUAAAAUAAACUCAUUUAUAGUAUAAUUUUACUAUUUUUAUUUGUAUACACGUCUAGAAAAUCGGGGUUUUUAUCAUAAAGUUCGAAGCAAGACUAUUAUUAUGUUGAUAAGGUGAAGCGAAAGUACAAAAUAAUUCUUUUAUUCGCAAGACAAUCUACUGUUUUGCUUUGAAUAACUAUAUUUGCGAAUUAGGAAUGAGGAUUUUGAAAUUAUUGUUCAAACAUUACGAAUAUACCAUUUGUAAACAAUGUACGUUUUUAUAUACAGUACUGUACGAGCUAAUAAUAUAUGUAUCCGUUUUAUUUAAUAAAUUAUAAUUGUAUAUGUGUUUCUAUAUUUUACAAACACAAGACUGCUUCUUGCCAAAAUUGAGAAAAUAUAUAUUAAUGUAGUUGUGUAUAUUAAAGACAAAAUUUCAUGAAAGAUUCUACUUUUGGUAUAUAUUUUGACUCAUUUUGUGCUUUCGCUACACCUUGUCAACAUAUUAAAUAAUAGUGUUGUUUCGAACUUUAUGAUAAAAACCCCCCGAUUUUCUAGACGUGUAUACAAAUAAAAAUAGUAAGUUUAUACUAUAAAUGAGUUUAUUUUACCUGUAUCGGUUUAAAUUCGCCGUUAAGUUGCAAAUAAUUCUGUUUGAGAACGCAAUAAUUGGGCAUUUCGCAACCAGGGCAGUUUCAGGGCAGUUUUGGCCUUGUUGUUGGGAAAUCCACUAGGCCUUCUAGGCUUGCUUCCUCCGCCCCGCCCCCAAAUCACCUAGUCCCAGUCUUUUCAUGUGAAAAAGCGCUGAAUAUUAAAAAAAAUAUAAAUAAGACUAGAAGGCCUAGGUCUAGGCUGGGCACAAACUAGUCUUUGACAAAACGAGCUAAACAUUACAAAACUCUACUAAAGGAAUUUGCUAAACAAAGGAGGCGAGAAUACUUGCUAACCAUUCGCGAAGCAGCGAGAUCGAGUAACAACGAUACAAGGGACGUAAUUGUAAUUUUGAAGAACGAGAGCACGAAGCGGUUAUUUUGAAAAAUGGUGAAGGUCAAAGAGCUUAUUCGAAGUAUUGGCGGUGUUGUAAGAUCAGCGAAGAUUCGAGUGUUGAACAGUGAGUCUCGAAAGCCUAUCAUCAUACGAAGACCUAUAUACAACAUUUAAUCCCAUUAGAAAUUCGCGCGAAAUGCGGUAACGAGGAUGAAGAACAAUUAGUUGAUUCUGAACGAAGAAUCAUCCGGAACACAAGAUCCCAGUACAGAACCAUUCGUCAGUGAUGUUAAUACUGCCGUUGUAGAGAAGAAGAAUCGGCCAGAAAGAAAGGCAGCUGUUAAGGAGAACUUGUACGAAAACUGUCAAAACAAACGUAAAAAGAAAAUCGACAAGUUGUUCCAGGUUGAUAUCAACAGGCGUGGACAAGGUUGUGCGGCCCACUAUGAACAGUAUUGUCAACAUGUUGUUACAGCACUGUUCAACUGCAUGUAACAACUUGGAACAACAUGGUUGACAACUUGUUCGUAGUUGGCCGCACAACAUUGUUCACGCCUGUCGAUAUCAACUUGGAACAACUUGUGCGUUUUUAGCCGUUGUUAUCGUAAUACUUCAUCUAAUAAUAUUAGAAAUAUAGACAAGUUUCAAAACAAAACCCUUUUGGAUCUUCAACAUUAGUUUCGACUUUUUUCUACAUCAAACUUUGUUCAGCCAAGGAAUCAUAUAUUCAAGACGUUGUCUUAGCAUCUUUUCUUCAAGACAUCGUUAAUGUUCCGUGCGUCAUCGGAUACAUUCACAGAGCAUCAUCUAAUGUUCUUCAACCUUGCACUGCACGUCAAUCGGUUGUGAUAAAAGAACCGUCUUUGAUUUUGAACACGCUGACUGGAAUGCUCUACGAGCUAAGCAUAUUUUGCAGACGUUGUUCAAAAUGCGUAUGGUAGUCUCCAUCGAACAAUGGUGAAGUGAAGCACUUCCUGAAGCAGAAAACUUGUACAGAAGAAAGGCCAAGCUCAAGUCAACCCUUGUAAAAGUAUUGAGAACGAAGACGAGUGUUAUGUCCAUCUUCAAAGACAAACACAAAAAUGUCUUUGAAUCCGUCUUAGAACUGCUCCUAUCUGUUCAUUCUCAUAAAUGAUAAUAUCGAUUUAUCACAUUGAUUAAUUAAUUCAAAUCUGACAAGUGCCUCCCUUGUUGCACGCAAUAAUUUUUUUCAGUAUUUAUAUUAACUUUCAAAUUAUUGCUUACUCUAGGUUAUAGAUUGCGCAGUUUAUCCCACACGUAGAGUUCAUACAAGUAAACAACUGAAAAGACAAUGACGAUGUUUAGUUUAGCGCAAUUUUUCAAUUUUCAGAAAUCCAUAAAACCAUGAGUAAUUACGUUUCUAAAUCCAAUGAACAUGAAGAACGUUUAGCUGGCUUGCUCUUGAGAUAUACACCGAGGUCACUUGCUCACCUUGAUAAAUAAUGCGGUCGCUUUGCUAUAUUUUCCUUAGGACCCAUGUCAGCUUUUAGACGUUUAGUAUUGUGCCUUUUGCACACCUUUUUUUGUAAUUUGCAGCAUGAUAUGUUAAUGAAUUGUUUUGCAGGUCUUACUACUGGAUCAUCCAAGAAAGCGUAUUCGUGAUACAGCUAAAUAUAAACCAUUUCAAGAGAAAGUAAAGGUAAUUAGGAAAUGUAGUCCAAUUUAGAAAAACUUGGUAUUAUCUGAUCUUACCAAGUUUCAGGGGUAGAAAAAUAACAACAAUGGAACCAUUCGUACUGGAAAAUCUCUUGGUGGGCAGAAAAUGCAGUCAGCAUAUAUGAAGAAUACUAUAUAAAGAACGAAUAUCCGACUUCCGUUAUCGCUACCGUUACCAUGAACCAAUCAGAUGCAUUUGUCUUAUCUGACUAACCAAUUAAAUGCGUAAUAAGCCUGUGAGAGGUUGCGGUAGUGGUGGUGGAAAACAAAGUCUGAACCUACCACUGAUGUAUGGAUGAGAAUGAAAGAAAUGAUUAGUAACAUAACAUAACAUAACUUCGCUCUAUGUCAGAAAUAGUGUUGCAAGUUGCAGCAAAAAAUGCUACGUUAACAUGGUCUAACAUACUUUUUAUGUUUGAAGACGAAGCGUCCAUCGUUGAAGAAACUUGCAAAAGAAAUCUUGUCUCUGUCAAUUCAAUCUGGUGAACAUUCUUCGGUAAGCACAUGCACACCUAACAAUUAAUCAUAACAGAAUAAUAUAUGUCAUUAACGAAUUUAAGGAGUCUUAUUAAUUAAAAUUUUAGUUAGCCUAGUAAUGAAUUCGUCCAUAACAUCAUAUCUAAAAUCCAUGAAUUCUGCUGGGUGGUACGUUUUAAUGUAAACUUCAAUUUAUUUAAAGGUGGAAGAUGCGCGUGCUGCCAUGAAGCUGUACUUUACACAUCGCAAAGAGUGGGAGAAAUGUAUAAAAAAUAAAUUUAGAAAGACUAAAAUUAAAUCUGAUAAGAGCAGUUAACAUACAGAUGUUUAACCUAGAAUGACAUAGGUUAUUCAUAUUAACGGAGUAAAUCAAGAUUUAAGACCAACGCUCAUUGACAAUAUAGAAAGCAUAGUUAAACAAAAGUCUAAUCGGACUCGUACACUAACUUGAAAGAAAAUGACAGCAACAUCGAUAUCGUUGGCUCCAAUGUAGUUAGCGAAGAAGAAUUGUUUUGAUGAUGCAACUAUUUCCAAUAAUUUCCAGACGAAGGGAUUUUGUUUGAAACGUCAAAGUUAUUUCUGUAUUUUUCAAGUAUAGUUGUAUCGUCUACACAGGAGUUCGUAAAAUGUUCUUCCUGUUCGUUCAUUCUCAUGUAAUACACCCUUUCAAUAAUUAUAUCACAAGUACUUCCUUGGCCUGCCUAGGAGACUUGCUCUGAUAAAUAAAGACAAAAGGCAAUUCACUCAGGAUUCAUGAGAACGAAACUCAGACCAAACAGGGAUUUGUGACGUAAUUAUCGACCGGGUGUUUUUUGAAAUGUUUUAGGGUAACGUUCCAAGACGUGUUUGUCACUAUCAUUGACUUAAAUUUGGAAUACAUAUUAGGCAACUACAUAUAAAAAUUUUGUUGUGUUCUGUGUUAACGCUUUAGCCCGGAUCAAUCGAGGAUGAGAGUACUUGAGAUUUGGCAGUCACUCGACCUUUGGUUAGCUGUUCUUUCUUGAUUUGUUUCUGUCACAUUGUUUGCGCGUAGCCAGCGGUUUUGAGGUCGCCUCCCUAAUUUUUCCAUGACCACGCCUCAAUCUUUAAGACUGGUAGCUACACAGACUACAUGUAUCAUAUUGCCAGUUUUAUUGAUAUCGUUCCUGAAAAAAUCGCGAAUUCACCUUUGGGAAUGCUUGGAAAGUAGAAUGGAAACGCUAAUACUUAUCGAUUAUAAUGUGAAGCAAUUAAAUAGCCGCCCGCUAUAACCCGGCUCAAUGUUUACAACUUUCAAUGCAGGCUCCUCGACAGACAGGCAUCGCCUUUGGAUUCGCGGGCAAAAUUUGGUUGCGGGUUAACCGAACAGCUAUAGCAUAAUUCAAACCGUGAGGAAGUAGAGGUUCUGCUAAGGACAAGAAUGUGUUCCUGACCUAAUAUCUUGACAGACAUGCCACAAACGAACGCACAGGCGUACGGGCGGAAAACAAUUAGAUGCAAGGGGCGGCCAAAAGUUUGUCCGACGUUGAUGGAAAUUGUCCGACAUGAUGGGUUCAUUGAUAGAAGAAUAGAGGGUAAGUGGAAGGAACACAACUCCUAUGCACAUGUGCCGAAAUACAAAGUUUAUCUUAAAACGACAAGUAAAAUGUACCGGUCACGAACGAUUAUUUCUGCGAUUUGAUUAUUUAAUAUAAAUCGAAAACUCCUCAUUCCACACGUGCUGCAUAACAAUUUAUAAUAUAUUGUAUUUAUUAUUACUCGGGUUUCGAUACGAAUGGCAUAUAAAUACUAACCACUUUAAAAAUAGAUAUCCAAUUUUGGUAAUCAUUUGUAAGUGGGUUAUUACAUUUUUGGAAAGUACGAUUCGUGCAUAAGUCCCCCCCCCCAAGGACAGAAUUUGGGUUGUUAAUUAAAUUUAAUCAAUAAAAUUGGUGGAAUUUUACCGAAAGUGAAUUAAUUUAACAAAUCUGGUCACACCAGCGAAAUGAAUAAAGACCAUACGAUUUUAGGACGGCUACCAAUACAAUAUAUUGAUCAUUGAAAAGAAUUGAAUAAUUACAAUAUAUGAAUAAUUUAGACAUUGUCCUCGCUCUGUUUACAACGCCAAAUCACAGAUUUUCACGUCUUGAUACAACGGCUGCAUUUCAAGCCGCAACAAGUGCAACUUCAAACUGGGUUCAGCAGAACUCUUCCCAACCAUAAAACCCAUGUCUUCAACUUCUAAGACGGUAUCAAAUUCAUACUAUUGAUAUAAACAUACGACGAAUUAUCUUUUCUACCAUGCAUUUGAAAGAGUUUGUUUUGGCCGUUGUCGUCGCAUUGCCGUCCUAAAAUCGUAAGGUAUCUAAUAACUGUAAUAAGACUGGUAAUUUGAAGCCAAACUCGUUCCACGCAUACGAACAGCGUGGUCAAUACUGACAAUAUGUGUUUAUGAAAACCGGACUAUAAUUUACCAAAAAACUAUUCAUACCGCUGAAAUAAGCUAAAAUAUUGGUAACAAAGGUACUAGUAAAUGGUGCCUAAAGGAUUAACUGGGUAUUACAAAAUUUAUCACUUAAAGGCCGUUUUCCACUAGGAGGAAUUUUUCGCGCGGAGCGGAAUCUUUCUGUCUUUUCUAAUUAGUUCCACCCGAGAAAUUACAAGACAAAGAAAAAUCCCGCUCCGCCCGCAAAAUUCCGCCUAGUGGAAAACAGGCUUUAAAGGCGGAUUUCCAUUCAGUGCAAAAUGUCGCUCGAUCGCUUUUUUGCAAUCGCUUUCUUUUGAAAUGCGUGCAGUCAACUACAGCUAAUGAGAUUUGUUCCGCUUGACUGUUUGUAAUUCAAAAGAAUUAAUCGCGCAACAUUUUGCACUGAAUGGAAAUCCGCCUAAGAUAACAAAAUUUCCACCUGUUCUGUACAAUUUAAUAUUUUAAAACCGCAUUUGCAGGGGGCAGUAAAGCACCCUUUAUUGAAAUAAGCUUGUCAAUGUCUAGGCCGUGGGUCAUUGGCCAAAAUUAUUUCGCUUCGUUUCAAUGCAUAGUACCAUAGAUGCUCGAUUACCACGAAACGUUCCCAAGCAAAAAACUUGCCAAACACUGAGAAAAUGGGUGAUCAGGGAUUAUCCUCUAUUAAAUUGUAUUAAAUUGUAUUACAGCAAGAAAAUGUGAAAUUUUGUGAAAAAAUGACUUGCUUCAUCAGAAAGCUUACAAAAAACCGCAUAUAACACUUUUAAACAGUUUUUUGAUCCUUCAAAUUGCCUGAGUUCGUGCUGUUUUAAAUGUGAAAAUUCGAUCAAAAUGUCGUAAUAAGGACUGGGUUCUAGGUCAAAAACCGUUUUUGACAGUUAUAAGUCAAAACAAUUAGAGAUAGAAAAAAAACUGUUUAAAUAAUGUCUUAUACGUAGACUUUUGUAAGCUUUCUGAUGAUGCAAGUCAUUUUUGUUGUAACUUAAUAGAGGAUAAUCACUGACCACCUAUUUUCUCGGUGUUUGGCAAGUUUUUUGCUUGGGAACUUUUUGUGGUAACUCGAGAUUCCCCAGUACGUUUUCGUAGCGCUUUGCAUUGUGGUAUCACUGAUAAAGAUAGCGGCCUCCAAUGAAGAAAUGAAAAUAUUUAAUGUUUUUGCGAAUAUUUUGCUGUUGGCUAUCGCAGAACCAAGACAAGGCCACGGCACGGAGAUAUGUGCUGAUAAUUUGUUGAUCGUUGGUGGACGUACAGCUAAUCGAUCGAAGGAUAGCCUCAGCAGUGUCGUACUGUCCGAUAUAAAGAAGAAUGAAUGUAAGCAGUUGGCACCGCUGCUCUAUAAAGUGAAUUACAUGGCAACUGUGAGAUGAGGAGACAACAACAUUGUUGUGAUAGGGGUCAGGACAAAAAAUAUGCCAUCUUGAAUACCAGUGAUACCACUAUAACCACAAUGCAAAGCGCUACGAAAACGUAAUAAGAUUGAACCAUAUGCAUUGAACCAUAGAACUAUUCCCCAGGGGCACAGCCAGGGGGUUGCCACGAAAUUGCUUUUCUAAUACCUAGCUUACAUGACGUUUUACAAGAAUUUCAAUAUGGCCGCUUGAUUCGAGUCAUCGAGUGUGCAAAAUUGUUGGAUUAUUAUUGUAAAUUUGGGUUGGAAUUUUUGGAUAAUGACUCAUUUUCAUCCAGCUUUAUAUUUGAAAAACUCUGCCCUUGCUGGUAAGUCUUUGAAUUGGGUGUUAUUCUGACAUUUUUCAAACUGCAGGGGCCGGUUGUAUAAUAAACUCUUAUAAUCACUUUUUUAAUCACUAUUUUGUAGUUAAAAUAGUGAUUAUAAACUCUCAAAUACGCGCUUCUUAUUGGAUGACGUUUCCACUAACUAUAGUUAACUUUAAUCACUUUUUUAUACAACCGGCCCCAGGUUUUAUGAAUCGAAUUGCCAGGUAGGAAAUAAAGGCGCGAAAAUUAUUAAAAACUGUUUGCUAAUUGCUGCCAGCUGUCGUAAGAGUGAGAAAAAGUCGACUAAUUAAAGGCCCUGUUACACAGUGCAAUUUUUCAUGCAACUUGUCUCGCAAUGGCAUUGCGAGACAAGUUGCAUGAGUCAUUGCACCAUUUAACAUGCCUUGCAAUGGUCAAAAUCUUUGCGAGACAAGUUGCAUGAAGCAUUUCACAGAGUAGAAGUCGGUUCUACUUUUGGCAACGAUUGCACUAAUUAUUUUUAGCAUUGCAGUGUGUAACAUGGCUUUGUGCAACUUGUCUCGCAAUGUUUAUAGUUUGGAGAGUUCCUAUUGGCUCUCCCCAGUACACGCUUUACUUUAAUUAAAAUUUGGCGCCAAAUAGCGCCUCUCCUUAGUCUCUUCGCAUGCCUCUGUCCCCUAUCGUUGCAAGUUGCAUGAAAAUCAUUGCAGCAUGUAACACCUCUUGCAAUGCACUAUCAAAAAUUUUUUUUAAACAUUACGAGACAAGUUGCAUGAAAAAUUUCACCGUGUAACAGGGCCUUAAGAGUCAAUGGCAUUUUCCAAAAUUAUCUGCAACGCCAUAGCCUGCAUAGCAGGCGGUAUAAGCGUGCACGCAAAGGGAGGAACAGACAUUCCAACCUCCGAGUCCUCAAAACCAGGCCACUUCCCAAUUUUCCCAUUUUACUUAAAAUAAACGCCUCCCUCGAAUAAACGCCUCCCUCGAAUAAAUGCGGCUGUGCUUUUCUCAUUGAUGAGGUGUCUAUUGACUCUGUUUGGGUUAGUGUUAAAAUUGGCUCAGUUGAGUUUGAAUUAAACAAUAAAUUCACAGUGGAUGCUACAAAAACUAGUUUUAUUACACUAACGUUGAAACCCAUAAGUAAUACAAUAAUUAUCUUCUCACAAGCUUUAAUUUCAUUGAAGUACUGUAAUGGCGAAAUUGUUUCGUUUUACUUCUGGUGUUUUGAACUGUGAUCCUCUUGUAUUCAAGAGCCUGCGAUUAUUGCGCCCGCUUUUGUUAUGCUGCUUUACUUCAUGUAACCCUGGCAAAAUGAAUAGGAAUUGAAAGCGAACGCUAAAUUGUCAAAACAACGUAUGCCACGAGAAUUUUAUAAUACAACGAUCGGCGACAAACUCUGCAAUUGUUUGGGGCAACUAGAAACUCCCAUUUUAUUUAUAUAUACAUAUUGAACCAAACAAAUUUCAUUAAUAUUUGUCACAUGAGCCUUAUUUGAAGAAUACAACUAUUAAAUUUAAAUACUACAGAAAUCGGGACAAUAAGAAAAAACCGGGACACCGAGACUACAUAGUCCAAACCUGGACAGUCCCGGGUAAACCGGGAUGGUUGGAAUGUUUGAGGGAAGCUUGAAAUCCCGCCUGCCCAAAAACCUGUACUUUCUGCAUUGUCCGUCCACUGCAUGGUGUUAGCUAGCCCAUAUACUGUCUGUUUGAUGGACUUUUCCCAAUUGAAGUAGCUAAGGGGCUUUCCCAACUGGGUCUACUGGAGCAUUUUCAUUUUUUCUGACGAGAACGUGCAAUGCGUUUGAUUUUAUAUACUAUAUCAAAGAAUGUUUUAUUUACUUUUUCCCAUUAACUAUUUUCUCAAAAAAAUGAAUCGCGUUUCAUUCAUAUUGGGUGUGUAUUCACUGAAAUGAAAUUAACAAAGUGUAAUCGGUGUGCAUCCGUGUUUUUCAGUGUUUAUUAUUAGCAUGACAAAAUUACUGGAUGCUGAUUGGUUGAGAGGAGUACAAUUAUUUCAUUAAUUGUACUGCAGUACAAUUAAUGAUUUGUUCAAAACAAACAAAAUGGCGGAAAGGUAAUUUAAACACAAGCGUGAAUUGAAAUUGCCACAGAACAACUAAAUGAAAAUACGGACAAAAGCACCAAAUUUUGGUUGAAAGUUUGGCAGGACUGGGCUUUGGCGAGAGAAUAUAUGAUGUUAACAUUGAGAAGUAUUCAAUUUUGUCAUUCUAAUAAUAAACAAGUAACGGGCGGCUCGUCCAAUUUUGGCAAAAUUUCCAAACAUCACUCGUACUAUUUUCUGUGUUGCUGUAAUGUACUCAGGUGAAUAAGAUGCUUGUGGUGUUACUCUGAGUGUAUAUCCACACCGGGCAGGCUUGAAAAAUAUGCCUGGCCACGGUGGGAAUCGAACCUAAGACCUUUGGAAUACUAGCCCAAUGCUCUGCCAACAGAGCUACGUGGUCAGGUCGGUUCGAGUAUGUGAUAUUUCUGAACUGAGUCUAGUUCUUUCGAUAUCAAUGUAAUCUAGUAAUCAUGAUAUUUUCUGUGUUGCUGUAAUGUACUCAGGUGAAUAAGAUGCUUGUGAUGUUACUUUGAGUGUAUAUCCACACCGGGCAGGCUUGAAAAAUAUGCCUGGCCACGGUGGGAAUCGAACUUACGACCUUUGGAAUACUAGCCCAAUGCUCUGCCAACUGAGCUACGUGGUCAGGUCGGUUCGAGUAUGUGAUAUUUCCGAACUGAGUCUAGUUCUUUCGAUAUCAAUGUAAUCUAGUAAUCAUGUCAGCAACACAGAAAAUAUCAUGAUUACUAGAUUACAUUGAUAUCGAAAGAACUAGACUCAGUUCGGAAAUAUCACAUACUCGAACCGACCUGACCACGUAGCUCAGUUGGCAGAGCAUUGGGCUAGUAUUCCAAAGGUCGUAGGUUCGAACGAUUCCCACCGUGGCCAGGCAUAUUUUUCACGCCUUCCCGGUGUGGAUAAUUUAUACACUCAGAGUAACAUCACAAGCAUCACUCGUACUAUUAAUCCCUAAUUGUACUUGCCAUCGAAUGAUUACCUAUAUACUAAUUCACAGGAAAUGAGAUGUACAAAACCAAGCUACCGUUGUUUGCAUCUAAGGAGAAACACGUUGGAAAAAAAACACUAUUUAUUCCUACACAAGGACUUUGAUCGGUCAAAAAAACUUUCCCAAUUUACGUUUAACGGACAAAACUUUUCUGGCUAACACCCUGCAGUAGUGGACGAAAAAUUCUGAUUGGUCAAUUAUUUUGCUUGAUUGACGGCAAAGGAUCUGUUUACAUGUGAAUGCAUGUAUAGUAACAGCUAUAUGAUAUAAUGUGUUAAUUAAAUUAAACAAGAAAUGGCUUCGAACUUUGGGAGAAUUCAGAAAGCACCAAAUUAUUUAAUUAUUCCAAAGAAGAAACAACAUUUAGCAAUUGAACAUUUGUAAAGAUGUAUAAAUGAUAUCUGGUUUCGGUAAAAAAACACGUUAUUGUAUAAACAUUGACUAGCUACAGGCGAUUGUUCAUUGACUCAUCAUAGUUUAGCCAUUGAAGAGUAUUAUUGAGGACCAAAUCAUUCCUAUUAUAGUUGCUGAAUUGUACAGUAGUCGAACUAACCAACAAAACAUUUGCCGCAAUGUAGUUAAGUCAACACCGCAAUUUAUUUACUGCAUGGCGGAGAAAGCAUUAUUUGAACAAACUUUUUGGAUAAAAUCAUAAGUACUAGGCCUACUAGUGUGAUUCACCACCGCAGUGUGGCUGUUGUUGUAGAUUGUGUGGGAGAAUGAUUGAAGAGAAUACCCAUAAGCAUAUAGAAAAACACAGUUCUGCUAUAGAUGCAUUAAUUGUCUCAAACAAACAAUCUCGGUUGGCAGUAUAGACAAACAACAGGUUUUUGGCCAGGCUAUAUUUUAAACUCUUGCUGCCCUUUCAGACUGCAAAUACAGCUUGCUGUGCCAGGCUAACACCAUAGACAGCCCAGCAAAUAUCAACCUGUUGUCCUGUUUCACAGAGCCUCAUAUCUGCCAUGCCCUCCCCCAAACACCUGCUACAGCAAGACCCUGAAGAAUUGCAAGCAUUCUUGGGAUAUAAGCACAGAUCAAAUGUAUUUAUCAAAGCACAGAUGAGAUAUAUUAUUUUGUCAAAAUGUAAUGGAUCCAUUUUAGAGUAUAAUAUAUUUUCUAAAAAAGCUUGUCAACUAUUAACUCUCACCUAUAUAUAAAUUGAAAACAUGCAGUGCAACAGUACAAUGAGUACAUGUUUACAUUUUAACGACUUGGCACCAUGUUUAGUUUUGUGUAUAAUAAAUGUUCACAUAUUAUAUCAUUUUUGUCUACGUAUCUCAAUUCAUAUAGAUGAGGAUUUCUGAAUAUGUUUCAACUCUAAAACGUAUCAAUAAAGUUAAUAUAUAUCCAAGGAAAUCUAUCCAAGAUGCUUUAUAUCUGUUUUUUAUCAGAAACUUGUGUUUAUUUUUGUUGUUUCAAGCGAACGUAUUAAAGUUGCUAGCCUUAGGAUAUAAUACUAUAUGAUAAUACAAUGACGUAAAGAUCUGAAUCUGCAUAGUACAUAAUAAGCUACACAAUACAUCGCUUGAAUAACAAAGUCAGGCAAACUUUAUACACAUUUUCUAGCUUUUAAACAUUUUUAAGUGAGUAUAUAUAUUUGCUGGGCUCCCUGUGGUAAAACUACAAAUACAUGCAUGUAAUGAUGCUGCAAAUUUGCGAAACAUUGAUUUAACAUGAAAUAUUAGACCCCAAAAAGUAUUAGACCUAGAAACCCAGAGAUCUAGAGACCCACAGACCUGGCAACCCAGAGAUCUAGAAACCGAGAGACCUAGAAAGCCAGAGACCUAGAAAGCCAGAGACCUAGAAAGCCAGAGACCUAGAAAGCCAGAGACCUAGCUACCAAGAGACCUAGAAACCAAGAGACCUAGAAACCAAGAGACCUAGAAACCCAGAGAUCUAGAAACCCAAAGGGCAGAGAUCUAGAAACACAGAGACCUAGAAACACAGAGACCUAGAAACCCAAAGGGCAGAGAUCUAGAAACACAGAGACCUAGAAACACAGAGACCUAGAAACCCAGAGACCUACUGUAGGAACCGACAGACCAGGAAAACCAAAGAUCUAGAAACCCAGAGACCUAGAGCCUCAGAGACCUAGACACACCUAAAGACCUAGAAAACCCCUACAGCUUAGUCUCGAAACCAACAGUAAUACAUAAAAAUAGGUACGCGACGCGUACAUGUAUCUGCGAAAAAACUUGAUUCACAUUUUGUAUUUUCUUGAAAGAAACUGAAUAAUGAAGAUGACAUGGGACAAUUGAAAUAUUUCAUCACUUAUAAUGGCAGAUAAGAUUUAAAACCCCCCCGCACCGAGAAAAUUUAACUAACUUUAUAAUGUGAUUAUGAUUGUAACAGAUAAUUAUGCAGUCAGGAAAUAAAAAUUUCAUGCAAACAAUAUUCAAAGUGUCUAUACAGCCGGCUAUUUAGUAAACUGUCACCUGUCAAUUCAAUCCAUACUCAUCAAAUUUUCAAAACUUUAUUGUAAUCAUAUGAAGCAAAAGUUAUGUCACUUGUUGUUUACACUUGCCAAUGUUAACUGUUGAGUAACAUACACAAAAUAUUUGGUGAACAUGUCGAAGACCACUGAAUAAUUGAGAAUGUUUUGAAGGUCAUGAGUGAAGUAUAUAAUUAAAUUCCAGUUCUGUGCACAGUUAAUGAUAUACCACACUGUUCGGUUUAACACGUACAGCACAUUCACACAAAAACAAUCGUGUUGUGGGAGAUUAUCGGUUUGAGUAGAAGGUAUCACAAGUUUAGUUUUGUACAUUGUGUGCCAUUGAUCAAAUCCACCAUAUAAUAUAUGAUUACUCAUUGUAUAGCUGUUAAGUUAUUUUCCAUACUAAUGAAUUUAAGGUAAGAUUGUCUGGCAAGUUGAUUGUUCUGACAAAAUUAUCCAGCCAAUAUCCAGUACAUUUAUUCUUCAUUCUUGUAUUAAUCUCUAAAGAAAAAUAUUUAUGAUAGAAAGCAAAAUGACAAUGUAAUGAGGCUCGGGAGGGUGAGGAUUCUUUUAUUUGAAAAUUUUGUAAAAAUUUUGUUUAAUUAACUCUAAUGUGUAAAACCAAAAUGUAUAAGUAUUUUAACUGAUAACAUCUUCAACCUUUGCUCUAACACUACAUUUGAUGACAGCUUUAUAGUUGGACUGUUGUUUUGAACAGAGUUAUGGAGUCAAUAUACAGAAAUACAGGACCAGGAUUUAAUUCAAUAUCUCCUGAGAAUGUUUUCACUGUUUAAAAUAUUACAGAAGUCACAGAAGGUUUGUUUUUGAUACUGUAUAAAUCUUUUUGUGAACUAUGUUGAUAAAUGGCUUAAAAUAUCCUCGAAAAUAUCCAAUAUUUUAUACAGUGUAAUAUAUUAAUUAAAAAAUUCCAGAGUGCAUUCCAUGUAAACUCUACGCCGAAGAUACGGCAAUAUUUAACUAUAGAUAGUAUAGUAAAUAUUUGCCGAACUGGCGAACUCAUGUAUUAUAAAAUAUGUGGGACAUAUAUUUGCACAAAUUUGGUAUUUAAAUAUAUAAUAUGUGGUAUUUGACUACUUACCAGAUGAGGAUAAGAUUCCAUGUUGAUAAAUAACUUCGGAAUAAAAAAAAGACAGCCAAUUCAAGACAAAUUGAUAAAAAUAUCAAGAUAUUUUUGAAAGAAUAUAAAACACGAUUUAUACACGAGGCCUGACGAGGCUAAAGUAUGCCCGUUCGCAGGUUAGAUCAGCGGGCACGAUGUAAACAAUUGAUGUAAACGAAUCGCUGAUUGGCUUAAAUUGGCAUAUAUUGGCUGAAUUAUAUAAGCCCGUCGCUGAAUGGCUAGGGAUACGGUACGGUACGGUCACGGCACGUUUGCGAUAGCAUAUAUAUCUGCUUCGCAGAUACAAAAACCAUUAAUAUCGCUUUGUAAUUAUGAUAAUUAUUUAUGACGUCACCCAUGACUUGGCAUAUGGCCUAUUAACCUCAAAACCACUCCCCCCCAAAAAAAAAGAUCAGAGUGGGAAAAUUGAAUAUGAAGGUGUCUGAUUCUUCGCUGCCAGAAAUGCAAAACAAACAAAAUGCGGGUCAAAUCGUCCCGCAGAUCGCAGGAAAUUACAUCUCAGAGAUUCCAUAUUUCAACAUUUUCUGGAGGAAAGAUGCCUCUGGAUCCCUCUACAAUUUAUGCCCCUCGCCCCACCUGUUUUCCUGUAAGACAUUUUGUCUGAGUUGAUCCUGCUCUAUAAUGUAAAUUUUGUUUCUCAAUACUAGGUGUAGCUGGCAUUGUAACAGGAACAGUUAUACAUUCCAUUUAUAAAUAUCCAGAAACAGGAAAGAGGACGCUGGUUGUUUCCACUUUAUCAGGUCAGGAUUAACAUCAAAGUAGAAUUAAUAUGUAUUCAAUAUUUGAAUUGUUAGUUCAUAGCCACACCAAAUAGCAACAUGCAUUUAAUUUCACAUGAUGAUAUGUACGUACCAUUUUUUGUUAUCGCAAAAAUUGCCGAUUAUUGGUCGAUUAUUAGAAAGCCUGUGUCACAGCGAUACCGUCCCCCCAAAAGAGUUCCACUCGGGCACUAUCCGCGUCGCAAAUGAUGUCCCCUCUCGCUUAUUCUGCCCCUUUCAACAACUACGCGAUUCCGUUCACAGAAUUACGGGAACCACUGAGUAUUUAAAAAAAUAUAUAAAAUAACGGUAACUCCAAAAAUAAACAUUUUACACCCGUUUUCAAAAUUAUGCGACCUCCCUGAAAAAUACUCUUACUUCAAAUGUCAGUUUUAUGUCACAAAAACUGCUAAAAAUAGCUGAAACGUAAACAAACUUUCAAAAGACAUUUUUAACCGUAUUUAAUACCAAAACUGAUAAAAAUGAGUUAGAUAACUUAGAUAUACAAACUAAAGCACAAUACAAACCAUCACAACAGAAAUAUGUGCCGUGAAUAACUUUCAGUAAAGUUUGAAAAAUAACAAUUUAUAUUAUCCUGGAAUUUAGCUGUCAGUAUAAAACACGCGCGCUAGACUAUAACGGUGAUGUUAUGAUUUUGUUUGUGCUUAAAUUUUGCAAUAAUUCUCACUAAAAUAUAUUGAAAAUCAUUGUAAGCCUGUUUAUAUAAAGCAUACAAAGCAUAUACAUCGACAAGGAACCGCAAAACUGAAAGUUUAAACUUCGUGACCGAUUGACAUAAAACUGACAUGUCAACUCUAGCAUUUUCGUCCUUGAUCGCGUAAUUUUGAAAACGUGUGUAAUAUUCUAGCUUUCGACUAAGAUUCAGUCAUCAUCAGGAAUGAUGCUACAUGUAGGUUACAUUACAUCGAUAUAUAAUGAAGAUUAAGUAAUUUGAUAUGUACAGAAAAGAUUAGUUAAAUCUUAUAAGUUCUUUUGAUGCCUAAGUUCUGUGAUUAAGUUCAGGUUUAAGGCGUCUAAUGGCAAGUGUUUCUUUAAAUAGCAAUAAGGACCAGUGAUCAGAUCUGUCUAUAAUCUUAGAGUUUGUAAAUAUAAAUUCUGAAAGUAUACAAGUUUGAGUUGGGUUAGUUUCUUCGUCAGGAUACAGUUAAAAAUAGAUGUUGAAAGUGUUCGCAUGAUGUGAUGUGGUUCAGAUGUAUUGUCCAGUGAAUUGUUCUUUGAUCGCUGUUUCCACGUCAGAAUCAAAGAACACUCAUUGGACAAUAAAUCUGCACUCAAACUUGUAUACUUUCAGAAUUUAUAUUUACAAACUCUAAGAUUAUAGAUAGAUCUGAUCAUUUGUCCUUAUUGCUAUUUUAAAAAGAAGCACUUGCCAUUAGACGCCUUAAAUUAACCUGAACUUAAUCACGGAACUAUAAGGCGUCAAAAAGAACUUAUAAUAUUUAACUAAUUUUUUCUGUACAUAUCAAAUUACUUAAUCUUCACUAUAUAUAUCGAUGUAAUGUAACCUAGCAUCAUUCCUGAUGAUGACUGAAUCUUAGUCGAAAGCUAGAGUAUUAAAAUGUCUAUUUUCGGAGUUACCGUUGUUUUAUAUUUCACAUAAUGAGACAUACAUUUUACGAAAGUGGUGUGGACAUAACCCGCUCGCAGCCUGAACCGAUACCAAAGGAAUGUCUUUUUAAUUAGAAGGUAAAAAAUCUUUAAAAACAAUUUCGCACAGUUGCGUAUGUUCAUAGCAUAGAAAUAAUAGACAUAGAAUGCGUACUCCUAUCUUUUCUCAGUAAAAAUUUUGUCUCCACAAAAUGGCGGAUAUAUAAGGGCAUUUUGGCUAGUCCCAGACUCCUGCGGCAAAGAAUUUCGCGCGGUUGCAGGGAGUGCGAUUUGUUUUUUUCAACAAAGUUUGCAAAAACAAUUAUAUCGAGACUUACAGUGAAAAAAAGUGAAGACCCAUUCCAGUGUUUUUUUUUACGAAGAGCGAUAGUUCUGAACAUGCAGGAUAUAUACAGAAAUCGUCGUUUAAAAAUAUAUUUUCAACGUUGUUGUCCAAAACAAAACACGAAAGAUCAAGUCUAACUCGGAUUCAAUAGGUAUGUUCUAAAAAUAUUUCAACUGUUUUAUAACAUAUAUAUUGAACUGACACAACUACUUUUUAUACUUUUCUGCGUUGCUUGUGCUUGAGACAACGUUUUUGAAGCCACAGUUUUCGACGAUUAUUUAGGCGAUUUACAGUUUAUCGACAACUAAAUAUUUUUGUUUCAAAAACAUGAAAAAGAAGAGAUUCGUUCAUGUCAUUCACAAAAAAAUAACAUCGUUUCCAACUUGACCUUGUAGCUCAGAAGGUAGAGCGUCGUUCUAGAAAUGCGAAGGUCGUGGGUUCGAUUCCCAGCCGUGGUCAAGUAGAAUUAAUUUUCUGCUUGCCCGAGUCAUACUCGUAAGAACAUCAAAAGCGCCUACAUUAUAUAUAUAUAUAUAUAUAUAUAUAUAUAUAUAUAUAUAUAUAUAUAUAUAUAUAUAUAUAUAUAUAUAUAUAUAUAUAUAUAUAUAUAUAUAUAUAUAUAUAUAUAUAUAUAUAUAUGUAUAUUAUAUAUAUAUAUAUAUAUAUAUAUAUAUAUAUAUAUAUAUAUAUAUAUAUAUAUAUAUAUAUAUAUAUAUAUAUAUAUAUAUACAUAUACAUAUAUAAUAUAUAUAUAAGGUAAUCGAACUUCAGCGCGCUAUUGUAUCAGAAUUACUCUGCGUAUGAACGAGAGUUUUUCACGUUCGGAAAGAUCAUGCUUUUAGCUGUUGAAUGAUAUCUCCUUCAUACCAAAUGGAUAAAAAAUGAGCAAAUACGAAUCCGAUAAAAAAUGUUAGUCAGAAUCACAUAUUUUCACCGUUGAGAGUUGGGUCUAAAACCAUUGAAAUGAACCCCCUUUAGGACUUAAGUUGAUGAAUUUCACUUCAUUAAACUGCACACAUAUUCAUAAUUAUUAUUUAAGUAGGAAUAAAUCUUAGCCAAGCUACGACGCGUUACAAUACAAUACAAUACAAUACAAUACAAUACAAUACAAUACAAUACAAUACAAUACAAUACAAUACAAUACAAUACAAUACAAUACAAAAUAUAAUACAAUACAAUAAAACUUUAUUUUAACACGGUAAAAUCUUCAGUACAUUAAUUAAGUAUUAAAAAAAAUAAUUACAACUGAUUUCCAAGAUUGCCGUGUGGGAGUCAUUUUACAAAUUAUAGUAAUAAUUUGAGGAAUUCUUAAAUAGUGGUAACGAACGAAGCAUUCGUAUAUUUUGAGGUAGCUUAUUCCACAAUAAGGCUCCACUGUAACAAAGGCUUCGUUUUAAAUAGUUAGUUCGUGGCUUAGGUAAAUUUAGCUUUAUUUCAGAGUCUCUUAAGUUACACCCACUGCCGCGAACAGAGAAGAGAUUUUGUAGGUAAGAUGGCAUCACCAUUGAUUAUUUUAAACAUAACGCCAGCCUUAAUCUUUUUGCGUCGUAAACAAAAAUUGUCUAGGUGCAAAUUAUUCAAAAUAGAACUAGCGCUUGUAUCAUAUUGCGACCUCGUAAUGACUCUUACUGCUCGGUUCUGUAGUUUCUGUAUUUUAUUACUGAGGGUUUCUCCAAAACCGUCCCAGACCGAGCAGCAGUAGUCAAAAUGAGGUUGUAUCAAGGCUUGAUAAACCUGAACAGCUGUUCUCGUACUUACAAUACGUUUUAAUGCACUAAUGGCUGAAGCAAUUUUCUUAGUCAUUUUCUCUAUAUGGGUUGACCAAGAAAGGUGUUUGUCAAUAUGUACUCCUAAGGAUUUAACAGUAUCGACUUUGUUGAUUUCAAUACCAUCAAGCUUAAUGGUUAUACUACCUUGACUCCUUGAGUAGUAUUGAUUCUCUGUCGAGAUCCAAUUGUCAUAAACUCUGUUUUUGCAAUAUUUAAACUGAGCUUAUUUGUAAUAAGCCAGCUUUUAAGACGUUCUAAUUCAGAAUUAAUGACACUUUGGAGCUCUUCCAGAGAAUCAACGUUUGUGAUUAAUUGCUUUUUCUUUUGUUAUGCAUUGUUUUAAUUAGGCACAGAGGUGAAAAUAUGCGAGUUUGACUAACAUUUUUAAUCGGCCUCGUAGGGCUACAUGCUUAUUUUUUCUCCCCUUGGCAGGAAAAGCAUGUUAAUAAAUAGCUAAAAGCCUGAUCUUUCCGAAUAUGAAAACCAAUUGUUCAUACCCCGAGUAAUUCACGUAUAAUAGCGCGCUGAAGUUCGAUUACCUUUUUUUUAUACACCCUGUAUAUGUAUAUGUUUAUCGUCAAAUUUCUGGGACAGCCAUGGGCACAAAAUUUGCUCCUCCGUACAGUAUGCAUGUAUUUUUAUGGAUAUGGUGGAGACUGAGUUUUUAGAACAACAAGAAAUAAAACCUUGGGUGUGGUUACGGUAUAUUGAUGACAUCUUUUUUGUCUGGUUAGAAGGUGAAGAUAAACUGUUGCAGUUUAUGGAAAAACUUAAUACGUUCCAUCCUGGCUUGAAAUUUACAUACGAGUACUCGCAGACUAAAGUGAAUUUUCUUGAUGUUUCGGUGGGAAUUGAUGCUGGUAGAUUUAUUACAAGUCUUUUUUGUAAGCCAACUGAUUGCCAUCAAUAUCUACAUUAUGAGUCAUCACACCCUGCGCACGUUAAAAGAUCUAUCGUAUAUAGUCAGGGUUUGCGCAUCAAGAAAAUUUGCUCGCGUGAAGAGGAUUUUGAGAAACACUUACAAGAACUGUCUAGUUGGCUUAAAAAUAGAGCAUAUCCAACAUGGCUCAUAGAAAGAGAAUUUAAGAGGGUCAGGGAAUACAAUAUUGAAGCGGAAAGUAAUAAUAUACUUAGAGAAAAAAGUUGUAAGACAGGAGUGCCUUUAACUAUAGCUUUCCAUCCUUUGUUAAAGCACUUUGGUUUAGUAAUUAAGAAAAGUUUGCAUAUUUUGUACUUAGACACUGAAGCUCGUAAAGUAUUUACCCUUGAACCAUUUACGGCGUUUAGAACAAGCCGUAAUUUAAGAAGUUACUUAGUUAGAGCUAAGGUACCACCAUUAGUAAGAGAGAAAGGAUGUAAGAAAUGUAAUAAACCCAGGUGCUUGACGUGUCAAAAUAUUCACGAAACCGACACUUUUAGGUGCACAGCUGAUGGUAGACAAUACAAAGUGAACCAUCAUUUAAACUGUGACUCAAAGUGUGUGGUUUAUCUUUUGACAUGUAAAGUGUGUAAGAAGCAAUAUGUUGGUCAGACGACAGAUAAAUUCCGCUUUCGAUGGAACAAUUAUAAAUCUUGUCAAAGGAAAGCAAUGUCCACCAAAGCUCAUACACAAGCCUUUUUUCAUUCGCAUUUCUUAGGUGAAAACCAUAAUGGCUUAAUGAAUGACUGUGAUAUAGUCAUAAUUGAUAAAACCAACCCAGCAGAACCAACGAUUAGGGAAAUGUACUGGAUUAAUAGACUUAUGACAAUGUACCCCUCGGGGUUGAAUAUUGAACAGGAUUCUGAGGAGUAUGAAUAAUUAUGUUCGUCUGGUAGGGUAUAUAAGUAGGGGUUUAUGUUAACGAUUUUUACUUGGAAGAAGACAAUAAAGUCGAAACGUCAAAAAAUAUGUGUUAGUGAUUAACUUAUAUAUAUAUAUAUAUAUAUAUAUAUAUAUAUAUAUAUAUAUAUAUAUAUAUAUAUAUAUAUAUAUAUAUAUAUCCCUAAAAUAGGCGUAAUAAACCUUAGAGUUGUAUACAUAAACAACUGACAUUAACAUUUGAUUAGUCUAUUUUAAUUAAUGAACUCAACAAUAUACAGGAGAUUGUGUUAUACCAGUUAAAUUUUUUAUACAAAUGUUAUGAAUAUUUUUAUUCUUAAAUUAACUUAUUUAUCUGCUUGUAUUUAUAGUUUGAAAAGUUAUAAAUAAAAAUAAUUCCAAAGCGUCCUUUUUUUAUCUCUUAUUCUCUCAUAUUGUUUAUUAAUAUAGUAUGCAAUAUGCAUAGGAUGCGCAAGCUCCAAAACUGUAUGGUUUGCCUAAAAUUCACAAGGAGAAUACACCUAUGAGACCAAUCGUGUCGUUUUGUUCAUCACCAACAUAUGAACUUUCAAAAUAUCUUGCACGCAUUUUGAAGCCUUUAACAGAGCGCUCGGAACACCGCCUCGUGAAUUCCGCAGAUUUCAUAACGAAAAUUCAAGCGGAGACGAUCAGUGCCACUCAUGAACUGGUCUCCUUUGAUGUUAAGUUUUUAUUCACAAGUAUUCCAUUAAAACUAGCAAUUGAGUGCAUGGAAGAGUCCUUAGCUAACUAUGAUGAUGAACUUCCAAUCCAGAAGGAAGAGAUCAUAGACCUACUCAAAUUAUGUUUAGAGUCUACAUUUUUUCAGUACAACGGAAGUUUCUACCAACAACUUCAUGGCACAGCAAUGGGAUCUCCAGUUUCCGUAGUCGUAGCAGAGAUUGUAAUGCAAUAGUUAGAAGAACGAGCAUUGUCCUCAUACCCAGGACAAUGCUUUCGCUACGUCGACGAUACCUUGACGAGUGUCGAUAAACCUUAGAAAAACGACUUUCUUGACCACCUCAACCAGCAAAACCCCAGUCUACAGUUCACCAUGGAACCUGAGAAAGAUGGUAAGAUAGCUUUCCUAGACUGCAUGAUAACCAGAGACGGCAAUUCCCUUCAAGCGAGUAUCUAUCGAAAACCCACCAGCACCAGCCGUUUAUUAGAUAAUUCAUCCUACCACCCAACCUCGCACAAGUCAGCUACAAUAGCAACCUUAGUGAAGAGAGCGCAUGCAGUUUGCAGUUCUAGUGAAACCUUCGAAGAUGAGUUGCAGCACCUUGAUAAAAUUUUUACCAUCAACAGAUAUUCUAAACCUUUUGUGAACAACGUAAUUGAACAUUCCCGGAAAACAACAUCAACUACCGACGAAACUGAACGGAAGAAGACCAUUGCCACCAUCCCUUACAUCAAAAGUACAUCCGAAAGAAUUGCAAGAAUCCUACGACCUUUCAACAUCAGUGUGGCUCACAAACCAACGGUAACGCUAAGAAAUACCUUAACGAAAGUGAAAGAUCCAACCAAUACAAAGACCCGGAUAGGAACAGUUUAUAAAGUGACCUGUGCUGAAUGCCCCGCAACUUAUUUCGGUGAAACUGGACGUACUCUAGAUUGUCGCAUUAAAAAACAUAAGCGAUCAACAGAGAAACAAGACGUGGCGAAUAGAAUUGCGGUUCAUCAUAUGGAAUCAAAUCAUAGAAUUGAUUGGGAGGGAGCCACUUGUAUGGAGUUUAAUGGUUUUGAGGAUGAGAGAAUGUUCUUAGAAAGUUGGUUUACAAAAUGCGAUGAAAACAGCAUUAAAAUUUGCCGCGAUAUGCCAGGAGCAUACGCUGGACUAAUCACGCAUGAACGCAGGCUCUCAUGCCUUGAACGCAGGCGCGAGCAAACAACAGCGAGCUUAAGAUCUACAACGCGAACUUACGACGCGGACGUCGCAUUAAACAAGUUUUAUUUUAAAACGAUGGCAAAUACCAUUAAAAUAUUUUAAUCACAGUAAAUAAAAUGAAAUUAUACUGGAAAAAAUGUACAACAUAACAGAGGCUAGCAAUAUAUUAAGAAGAUGUUUUUUAUCAUAAGUUUUUACGACUUCUAUGACGACGAAUCUUUGCAAAUAUCACGUCGUCUCGGAUGGUAGUUUUGGCGGGAAAAUGUGCAUUCGUAACAAUAGUCUAUAAAGCCUGGUUUCUAUCAUUUCGUAUGGCUGUUAACGUGUCAUAACAGUGUCACAAAUCUCGCAGAAAUAAACUGUGACAACUCUGACUAGGCUUACACUCGUGAAAUAAAUAACAAUUUUGAAGAUAUAACAAGGUAAGCACGUCCGCGUCACAAAUUCGCGUUGUAGAUCUUAAGCUCCCUAAUAUAUUUUAAUUAUACACUAAACAGUUGAUCCAACGCUAAGCACGACUUUGCAACAAAGUAAAGCAUAUAUGAAAAUCGUGUCUUAAACUAAGACUAUAGUGGUUAAAAAAGCUAUAAUGAUCUAACUUUAUUUAUACUUGAUAGCUCUGUCAGUUCUAAACUGUUAUAGUACUGUCCUCCCUUGAGGACGAUGUUACAAUUAUAGCCGUUUCAUGUUGGUUCAGUACUGUUACCACAGGAGACCUACAUUAUCUUAAUUAUGCAUAAAUACUUGCAAGUUCUAUCAGUUCUAAACUGUUACAGUUAGGACCAUUCAUUAUUUCUCCAUUGCAGUAAUAAAGCAACUUGAGCCAAACUAACUUAAUUUAUGCCAAUUGUUAUGAGCCGGUCCUUGACUAUAGUUUAUUUUCUUAGUUAUAGUCUUAUACAGGGUGUCUAAAAAAACGCUAUGGAAAUUCAACAUGUUGUCGUGCAUCAUAAACGCGGCUAAACAAUUCAAUUUUUACAUAGGACGAAAGAACAGUUAUUUAGCUUUUCAAUGUCCAAUGAUAUACUCUUUUUAAAUCGUAACGAUGAGAACUGGCCACAUUCUCGUCAAAUAAAAAUUGCCGGCCGAAAUCACAUUCUUCCACUGUUGGGAAUUGCAUGGAAAACGAAACAUAAAAAAUUCCCAAAAGGGAAUUAAAAUUGAAUGUAAAUUAUCUAAAAUAAGCUCAACUCGUCAAUCUUCGUCUUAGUGAGACCAUAAGAAUGUCCAUUAUUGCAUUAAACAUGGUUCAAUGGACCUAUUCCCUAAUGAACAAAAAAAUUUGAUCUAGACAAAAACUUCAUUACAACUUGAAAGAGCAUCAUAGUAAUAUUCCAAAGUUUCGUUACGAAAAGUUGUAAAAUGCGGAUAAUGUAGCCCUCAAUUCCUGACAAUUCUUUAUCUUUAAUAUCUUCGCCUUUGUAUAAUCCUUUUAAUUCUUUCUUUAACUGAUAGUUUCUAUAUCUUCACGGGGAUGUUAUAAAUGCAGGGUUUCGGCUUAUGAAUAAUGCAUGAAUUGUCUAGUUGUGCCCAGGCUUUUGUACGCUCUGCUAGGGGAAGAAACAAGAAAACUACGACUCAUUUCAUUCAAAUCAGUUCGUUAAAGCAAGUUUGAGUAAACCACAAAUUGACCAACGCCAAGCCGAGGCAUGUCCGCUACGUUAG